UCUGUAGCCUGCUGUGUUCUGACGUACACUGCCAGUACUGAAUCUAUAAUAACACGUAACAAAAAUUAUAGAUCUUUAGUCCUGACAAUAUACCGAAAAAUAUCAUUACUUACAGUUUUAGUGUAUCUUUUGCCAUUCGAGUAAUAACUUGCACAUUGCAGAUUCUAUUGCAAAAUGAAAUUCAGCUGCAUAAUAUUUAUUUGUCCAUUGGUCAUAGUAUCGGUUAUAACAACGCUAGAAGUUAAUCGUAAUACCCUAAAAUUGUGCAAUCCAGACGAUUGGGUUAUAACAAAUAUAACGCUUAAAUGGGAGAACAUGAACAAAAGUAUUUCAUUUGACACUUAUUUCAAAGAGCUAAAUGGCACAAUCUACAGGAUACAUAUUGAGAUAAGUUGUGACGAUACAACUUAUACUAAUUGUACUACUGAACCGAUAGUAAAUAUUGACAAUAUCGACUGUAAUUCUGAAAAUCUCUCGCCCCCGGAUAUGGAAGUUUGUAAAUUUGCAAAUGAAUUAGGAAACCUGGAAAAAGAGAAAGAGUUUUUCUCAAACCGAUAUGACUUAUUUGGACAGACCAUUUAUAACAUGAUGUUUUGUAUAGAUCUAGAUAACAUUUAUGCUACAGAAUCCGAAUAUUUUUAAAAUUCUCUUUUUCAAAUGUAUA